GGCGCUCGCUCCCUGCCGAGCGCUCCUCGCCCGCCCGAGCCACUGCCAGGGGAUGAGGUGGGAGGCGCUAGAAACCACUUAGCUACAGCCAACCGCCCAAUGCAGCACUCGCUCGCUCCCCCCGCCAGCGGAAGCGCCCGCGGAGCACAAUGCAGCACUGAGCCGCGGUGGAGGCUGCAGCGCCACGGCCGCCGCAGCACAGGCUGGGGCUGGGAAGGGGUGGCCUCGGGGAGCCCGGGGGCGCGGAGCGAGGGAGCCUGACUCGCCGGCCCCGGCAUGAGGAGCUGAGCGUCUCAGGCGAGGCGGGCUGACGGCAGCACCAUGCUGGCGGCUGCGGCUGCGUCCGUACCCUUCUUGCUGCUCUGCGCCCUGGGGACCUGCCCCCCGGUGCGCUGCGGCCAAGCAGGAGACGCCUCAUUGACGGAGCUAGAGAAGAGGAAGGAAAACCGCUUCCUGGAGCGCCAGAGCAUCGUGCCGCUGCGCCUCAUCUACCGCUCGGACGGCGAAGACGAAACUCGGCACGACGUGCUCGACACGCUGGUGCGGGGCGACACCGGAGGCCGGAAGUUGACUCACGUCGACCGAGCAAGCUUCCAGGUUGAUGCCUUUGGAACAUCGUUCAUUCUCGAUGUCGUGCUAAAUCAUGAUUUGCUGUCCUCUGAAUACAUAGAGAGACACAUUGAACAUGGAGGCAAGACUGUGGAAGUUAAAGGAGGAGAGCACUGUUACUACCAGGGCCAUAUCCGAGGUAAUCCUGACUCAUUUGUUGCGUUGUCAACAUGCCACGGACUUCAUGGGAUGUUCUAUGACGGGAACCACACGUAUCGCAUUGAGCCAGAAGAAAAUGAUACUACUCAAGAGGAUUUCCAUUUUCAUUCGGUUUACAAAUCCAGACUGUUUGAAUUUCCCUUGGAUGAUCUUCCAUCUGAAUUUCAACAAGUAAACAUUACUCCACCAAAAUAUAUUUUGAAGCCAAGACCAAAAAGGAGUAAACGGCAGCUUCGUCGAUAUCCUCGUAAUGUAGAAGAAGAAACCAAAUACAUCGAACUGAUGAUUGUGAACGAUCAUCUUAUGUUUAAAAAACAUCGGCUUUCUGUUGUACAUACCAAUACAUAUGCGAAAUCUGUGGUGAACAUCGCAGAUUUAAUAUAUAAAGACCAACUUAAGACCAGGAUAGUAUUGGUUGCCAUGGAAACCUGGGCGACUGACAACAAGUUUGCCAUAUCUGAAAAUCCAAUGAUCACCCUGCGUGAGUUUAUGAAAUACAGGAGGGAUUUUAUCAAAGAGAAAAGUGAUGCAGUUCACCUUUUUUCGGGGAGUCAAUUUGAAAGUAGCCGGAGCGGGGCAGCUUAUAUUGGUGGGAUUUGCUCGUUGCUGAAAGGAGGAGGCGUGAAUGAAUUUGGGAAAACUGAUUUAAUGGCUGUUACACUUGCCCAGUCAUUAGCCCAUAAUAUUGGUAUUAUCUCAGACAAAAGAAAGUUAGCAAGUGGUGAAUGUAAAUGUGAGGACACGUGGUCCGGGUGCAUAAUGGGAGACACCGGCUAUUAUCUUCCUAAAAAGUUCACCCAGUGUAGUAUUGAAGAGUAUCAUGACUUUCUGAAUAGUGGAGGUGGUGCCUGCCUUUUCAACAAACCUUCUAAGCUUCUUGAUCCUCCUGAGUGUGGCAAUGGCUUCAUUGAAACUGGAGAGGAGUGUGACUGUGGAACCCCAGCCGAAUGUGUCCUUGAAGGAGCAGAGUGUUGUAAGAAAUGCACCUUGACUCAAGACUCUCAAUGCAGUGAUGGUCUUUGCUGUAAAAAGUGCAAGUUCCAGCCUGUGGGCACUGUGUGCCGAGAAGCAGUAAAUGAUUGUGAUAUUCGUGAAACAUGCUCAGGAAAUUCAAGCCAGUGUGCCCCUAAUAUUCAUAAAAUGGAUGGAUAUUCAUGUGAUGGUGUUCAGGGAAUUUGCUUUGGAGGAAGAUGUAAAACCAGGGAUAGACAAUGCAAAUACAUCUGGGGGCAAAAGGUGACAGCAUCAGACAAAUACUGCUAUGAGAAACUGAAUAUUGAAGGAACAGAGAAGGGUAACUGUGGGAAAGACAAAGACACGUGGAUACAGUGCAACAAACGGGAUGUGCUUUGUGGUUACCUUUUGUGUACCAAUAUUGGUAAUAUCCCAAGGCUUGGAGAACUCGAUGGUGAAAUCACAUCUACUUUAGUUGUGCAGCAAGGAAGAACAUUAAACUGCAGUGGUGGGCAUGUUAAGCUUGAAGAAGAUGUAGAUCUUGGCUAUGUGGAAGAUGGGACACCUUGUGGCCCCCAAAUGAUGUGCUUAGAACACAGGUGUCUUCCAGUGGCUUCUUUCAACUUUAGCACUUGCUUGAGCAGUAAAGAAGGCACUAUUUGCUCAGGAAAUGGAGUUUGCAGUAAUGAGCUGAAGUGUGUUUGUAACAGACACUGGAUAGGUUCUGACUGCAACACUUACUUCCCUCAUAAUGAUGAUGCAAAGACUGGUAUCACUCUGUCUGGCAAUGGUGUUGCUGGCACCAAUAUCAUAAUAGGCAUAAUUGCUGGCACCAUUUUAGUGCUGGCCCUCAUAUUAGGAAUAACUGCGUGGGGUUAUAAAAACUAUCGAGAACAGAGACAGUUACCCCAGGGAGAUUAUGUAAAAAAGCCUGGAGAUGGUGACUCUUUUUAUAGCGACAUUCCUCCCGGAGUCAGCACAAACUCAGCAUCUAGUUCUAAGAAGAGGUCUGCUUUUCUGUCGCAUUUUCAGAUUUCUACCUGUUCCAUCACACAUUAUUCCAUUAGUCAGAACAUUUCAUUAUUUUGCAGCAGGUCAAAUGGGCUCUCUCAUUCUUGGAGUGAAAGGAUUCCAGACACAAAACAUAUUUCAGACAUCUGUGAAAAUGGGCGACCUCGAAGUAACUCUUGGCAAGGUAACCUGGGAGGCAACAAAAAGAAAAUCAGAGGCAAAAGAUUUAGACCUCGGUCUAAUUCAACUGAGAGGGAGCCCCAAGCACCUGAGCCUGGGCACUCCCUCGCCCAGACAGUCCCAUCCCAAGGCAUAAGCCCAGGGGGCUCUGACAGCCCCCAGACAGGGAGUCUGGAUCACAGGUAUUUAAACCCAUGGUUCAAAAGAGACUAUAAUGUAGCUAAGUGGGUAGAAGAUGUGAAUAAAAACACUGAAGGACCAUACUUUAGGACUUUAUCUCCUGCCAAGUCUCCUUCUUCAUCAACUGGGUCUAUUGCCUCCAGCAGAAAAUACCCUUACCCAAUGCCUCCACUUCCUGAUGAGGAGAAGAAAGUGAACCGACAAAGUGCCAGGCUAUGGGAGACAUCCAUUUAAGAUCAACUGUUUACAUGUGAUACAUCGAAACUGUUUACUUCAACUUUUAUAGAAUCCCAGGCUCAUGGAAUCACUAAAAGUCUAUCUGCUCUUCAGACUAUAUGAAGACCCUCUGAGAUGCUACAGAGGAGAGGAAGCCGAGUCUCACAUCUGGUUACCAUUUUCUUUUUGUCAUUGGCUUGGAUUUAACCAUGAAAAGAACUACUGAAAUGUUACACUAUAACAUGGAACAAUAAAGGUACUGGUAUGUUAAUGGAUAAUCCGCAUGACAGAUAAUAUGUAGAAAUAUUCAUUAAAUUAACUCACAUGACCCAAAAUGUAGCAAGUUUCCUAAGGGACAAUAGUGGAUUCAGAACUUGACAUUCUGAAGCACAUCCUCAUUGUAAACAGUAAUGCUAUAUGCAUGAAGCUUCUGUUUAUUGUUUUCUAUAUUUAAGGAAACAACAUCCCAUAAUAGAAACGAGCAUGCAGGGCUAAGGCAUAUAGGAUUUUUCUGCAGGACUUUAAAGCUUUGAGAGACCAAUAUCCCACAGGCUAACUUUAAACAUGUAUUUUUAUUUUUGUUUUGUUUUUUACUUUUCAUAUUUAUAUUAGCAUACAAGGACAAUUGUAUAUAUGUAACAUUUUUAAAAAUUUUAAAAAAGCAGCUGUUACACACAAGUGUAUUUUGCCAAAUGCCUAAAAAUUCAGUCACAGUCACAUCAUCGUCAUCUGUUCAGUGAUCUUCAAAGACUAUAAGCAGGCGAUGUUGUAAAUACAGUGGUCAAUACUGUAAAUGUGUCUCUCCAUAAUUGGUAUUUGUCCAAAACAUGAGAUCACACUUCCUUGAUGACAGCGGUUUUCUGUCAUGGCUACCUUUAAACUGUGCACAGUCUGGAGGCAGUUAAGUAAUUGAAUGAGAGAACAAAAUGCUCAGCAAAACUUCUGGCCUCCACAGUUUGCUGAUGCAGGAGCCCACUCUGCUGCUGAUGGGCUGCUCCCUGGAAAUCAUCCCUCCCAUCCAUCCCUCCCAUCUCAUCCCAGUGAGCCAGUCCCUCAGCAGUGUGUCCUGCUGAGAUUAGGCAAGUGCACCAAAGACACAUGAGACCACAUACUGCCAGUGAGCUGGUAGCUUCUGACUUGCCAAUACUCUAACUCUGUGGCCUGAAGUUUUGUUCCUUCACAAAACAUUAGUCACUCUUAUCUGUGAAAUGAAUGACUUGUUUUAACAAAAACAACUCUGACACUGUUGAUUAAGGAUAUUUGUCAUCACUGGGAUGUGAGUCCCAGCAAGUCAUUCUGUACUGAUUGAAGCAAGAUGAUGGAAGAUUCUACUGUCUGAGCUGGGCAGCCUCACUGUUCAUAAAGGGUUAAAUUAGAUCUAAACCACAGAAAUGCAGCAACUGAGAAGCUACUCUAACAGCUGGCAGGGGGAAAGAAUCUGAUGCUUUGAACCAUAUAUUUUUUAAUCCAUGGGAAAGUAAGAGUCUAUGUUAAAAGCCCCUUCUUUAACACCAAAGUUCGAUAGCUGUUAUGCAGAGCUGUCAUUCCAAAACAAAGCUAGCUACCCUAAUGAGGCUGGAAGUUGAUGCGCUCAGUCACAUGGUCUGCUCUGAAGUAUACUUCUGAUUUCCUCAUUUUCUGUGUGUUCUUGAGAGGAAUAGAAUCUGCAGACAGGGUUUCAGAAAAACUCUCUAAAUUUGAUCCUCUCCCAUAGUAUCCAUGGACAAAAUCCAUCUCAUCUUUGUAUGUAAUCAAACUGAUUACAUGUGAUUACAUAUGAUGCCCAAACUGAAGGGCUGAGUUAGAAGGCAGCGUUUUAUACUGUGUGUCUUCCGUAAUGGACCUCUCUUCUGAAAGUCUUUGAAAUGUUUGGAAAGCAAUUUAAUGUUCCAAAAUUGCGUAUUGUAAAACAGCAUUUUUCAUUACAGGAAGGUUUGGGUGAGUGUUGGAUAGUGUUGCCACAUAGCUCAAGCAAAGGACAGAAGGGCAGCCAGAUUGAAAGAUGUAGCAAAUAAAGUGAUUUUUUACCACGAUCACUGUAACAUGCACUGAAUGUUUCUUGGUAUUGAGUGUAUAAAAGGCUAAUGCUAUAAGGUUUAUUUUGACUAUAAAAGAGUUUAUAGAUUUGAAUGUAAGGUGCCUCAUGUAAAUAUGCUUCCUAGUUACAGUUACACAAGCUCUAAUUUGAAAGAAUCCACAAAUGGCUAGCUGAGAAGUUAACACAUCUCUGUCUAUCAUCCAUCCGUCUGUCUUCCCUCACCUAAGUUAUUUUUACAUGAAGUUAUUAUUUCUAAUGAAAAUCAUUAUCAUGUGCCUUUUCGGAGACAUGGUUGCUCUGGAGGCAUAUCGUUUGUAAUCGCCCACCUUGGUAAUAACCUUCCUGUGAAACAGAAUGAAACUUUUUCUAUUUGUAGAGAUUAUGAUUUUAGGUAUACGGUAACUUUAAUGUUCUAUUUUUAGAAUCUACUCUAUCUCCCAUGUUUAAAUAUUCUUAGAGCCAUUUGUGGGAUUCACUGACAAAUUUAUAGUCUCAAGGGAUAGUUUCAAGAAGUAUCUAUAUCUGUACUCAUGGUUGGGGUUCUAGAGGCAUUACAUCUAAAUAUUUAUGACUUUUCACCCAAUGAGGUAGGUAGAAUGUGAACCCGUAGCAUUAAAUAUACAAGCACAGCAUUGUUUCUUUUUAAAUAUCUAUUUUGGAGGAAACUUUGAGGACAUAUAACAGUUUAUAUCAUGUAACUAAUAUUUAUAUAUUUCCCAGUCCACUACAGAAUCAUUGCUAAGCAGAAGAGAGCAGUUAUUUGGCCUUUGUGUUCCAUUGUAUGCCUUUUUCCCCUUUCUAAGGUUUUAUGCAUUGAUAAGAUUAUAGACUGGCACCCUGCUGCCCGACAUGUUCCAUUUAUCCAUAGUCAUUGCAGUGCAGUAAACCCUGAUUUAAAGGAACACUUAAAUCAGUAAGUGACACUCCAGUAAGUGUCAACAGGAAGGUGCGGGAUAGCAGGGAGUCCUUAAGGAUGGACUAGCCACAUGAACUGUCCUCUGCAUCCAGCAACUUUUUAUUUACAUGGGAAGUGGCAUGGUCCUCUGAACUCUGCAGGCUGGAAAUGAUCCCUAGGGCACAUGCAAUCUGUGGAAAGGAAUAAAUCAGUACUUCUCAGACAGUGCAACAUGGUAAGGGCUUUCAAUUCGCUGUGGUUGCUGUAUUUUUAACAAGAAACUAGGAGUCUCGAUUAGGAAUAACUUAUUAUUAGAGUUGUUCCUUUAAAAAAUGGCGAAUAAAGCAAAUGUGGACUUAAAAUGCCAACUUAUUUUUCACUUUGAUAUUGGUGCUUUAUUAAGUGAUGCCACAGUUUCUCUCUCUUCCGUCUUGCUUUAAAAAGGAUUUUACAGUUGUGUUUGUAUAUAAGGUCAGUCCAGCAUAGAAUUUCUGAAAGUAACAUUAAUAGGGUUUCUAAAGGUGGUGUCAGAAAGAUAAAAUUGGAUAUUCUGUGCACUUUCAGAGAAUGACUAUUUAUGUUUGAAUUUCAUGGCAGGCUUACAUUUCUUUUCUGUGACUCUCUUGCUUAUCUGCAUAAUUUAAUCCUAUGUAUUGUCCCAGAUCUCUUGUGGCUACUUUACCUGUUACCUUUUUUGGGAUUUUGUUUUUUAUGUUUUACAGUUACCUUUCGACCAGAAGAUAUAUAGUAUUUCUAUUCACUUUUUUUCAGUGUUUUAAAAUCAGGUUUGUUUAUUAUUCAUUUUAACCAUUCAUUUCCUAUUGUCAUGUAGUUCUAUUUUAACCAUAUAUAUAUAUUACUUUAAAUAUUUCCGUAUGUUAUUCAACAUGAUAAUAAAUCCUUAUCUAAAGAAAAGACUAUUUUACUUUAUUUUAUUUAAAGGAAAGGGAAUUCAUUGACAGGUUAUUGAGUAGUUAUAUGGGAAGAGGAGAGCCAAGUUAACAACUGGCAGGAGUGAGAGGGAGGAGACAGCUGCUGGCACAGUGUGAUAGGACACAUCUGGCUGCUGCCACUGAAUGCCCACAUGGGCAGCAUAUUGUAAAUAUCACCCUACCAGUUGGUAAGUUGGCAUGAAUUUUCCAUGAAACGCUCUGACUCCCAUUUGCAGCAUCAUAUCUUUUUAUGUUCUUAAUUAUAUUUUUCCUUUCAUUUUUGUUUUUUUCCUAAAACUGCCACCUAAAUACCUAUCUAUGCCGUUAAGUGUAUGAGUCAAGAUAAAUUUCUCAUUCUUGCUAGUAUAGUUUAAGAUGUAUAGGAAGCAAACAUUUCUAUGGAAUAGGGAUUAAUUUGGGGCUCAAAUGUUUUUUUGUUGUUUUUGUUUUUCCUCCUGAGAUGUUUUUUGAAUGGAUAAGGCUACUCUGGUUGUGGAUGCAGCAACUUUUCUCCUGGCAUGGAAGGACUAUGGACUUUGACAGUUUCCUGUUGAUAGUAUAAUAUAAUGAGGGGCCCAGUCUGCUCUUUUAAAAAUCGGCUGAGCAGCAGCAGUCCAUCCCAACUGUGUGUGAGUAGCCCAGCUGUUAAAAGUACACCUGUUGGGAAUUGUUGGCACAUGCUCAUAGCAUAUGCUCUGUGGGGGAGAUGCUUUUAAUUCCAAGAGGAGUUUUUCUGCCACAUCUGCAGAUGCACAGCAAAGAUACAGCAGGACUUUAGAAAGUAGGACACAGUUGCUACUUUUUAUUCAUUGCUUUGUUAGUUCUUCAGAUGGAGCAUCUUCUGGUUGUUUGUAAGCAGAAAAAACAAAACAUUCAAAACCAAAAACCUGUCUAACUAGUACUUUUGUUCUUUAUUUCCAUGGUCUGACAAACAGUAAGCAUUCUCACAGUGAGAUUUUGAGGGAUGCUUCUGGAACCAUUCUGCUUCCCAAGUAGCUCCCCCUUCAGUAGCUGUGCAGCCCUUUUUUCCUGACUAGGAACUUUCUCUGUUGCAGAUGUCAGUUCCUUUGGCUAAGUUGUCACUUGAGAGAACCCUAAGAUGCCCUAGGGAGUAAAGGUGGCAGUCAUCUUUAUCUUCACCCACUGGCACACGAGCAGCUAAUUCAACUUAGGAAGUCCAAAGAGUGUGAAUUUCAAGAUGGAGAGGAGAUAAGAAGCAGUGAACUUUGGGAGACUAUGGGGCAUUUAGUCCUAGCAUAGACACAGAUUGGAAAUCCACAGGAAGAUUCCUGAAGCCAUAUGUGCAGGAGAGCACACAUUGUCACGAGGGGUGUGGUGGGAAGAGAGGUUCUGGAUGCCUAAGACAGACAUGCUUGGCAGUUUAGUGUUGGCUCUGUGAAUACUUUGUGGUCCAGUCCAUGAUAGAUUGGUCACUCCUGCCUGACACAUCCCUGUUGCAUUGUUAUAGAACCUGUAUCAUAUGGGGAGGUUUCAAGGCUGGCAGGCUUUUGAUCAGGUAAUCAUCAUUUCAUGUUUUUAAGUAUCCUUGAAAUCAGUACCACCCAAUAUGUGUUUUUGGUUUUGUUUUACAAAAAGGCAUACAAUGAGACUAAAAUUAAUGCACAUACAGAAUCAUCAAUAAAGUUUCAGAGUUUAUGAUGAAAAGGUAUUUUUCUUUCUUGUAAAAAAAAAUAUAUAUAUAUAUAUAAUAUGCUGAUCUACAUUCAUUUUAGAGCUUAGCCUCUUAUUUUAUGAAUUUUCAGGCUGUGAUUUGUGUUGGAUGGUUAAGCUCUAAAAUAAUGCAAAUAACCCCAGUCUUUAAAUAUAGCGGUGCUAAGUUGUGCAAGGUAACACAAUGCAGAAACAGCUGAUAUGAGUUAAUUCUUAGUAAUAAUACAGAAGUUCCUGCUAAACUAUAUAUGUGUAUCACUGCCUGAUUAGAAACCCCACUUUUCUUUUCCAAUCCAGCACAAAAUCAAACUCUGAUUCUACAACCAGUCUUUUUAAAGGGCAAAAAUGACCCAACACCUUUGUUUUGUAUAGAAAAACUUUUUUUUUUUUUACACUAACUGCAAAAGUGCUUAAAAAAAGGUUUAUUCAGGAUAACUAAGCAUGCACUCCUUUUUUAACUUGCUGGAAGACUUGCCCCUCCCCAGCAUCUGUAAAAGACAUCUUUGAGAAACUGGGUGUUUUACCUAAACAUAGUAGCUUACAUGUUAGCCAGCAGUAGGUCAACACUAGUGUUUUCCACGUCUAUCACCUUUGACAGGUGAUGUCCAUCUACAGAUGGUGGAAGCCACCCCAUGGGGAGCUGUAAAUAGCAGCAUGGUUUCACCUUUGGUAAUCAGGUAAUCAUGUAUAUAUACUUAGAUUUGCAUUAUUUCAACAUUUCUCUGCUACUCUGCACUUCAGGUUCGUUAAGCUAUUUUAAUAAUUACUGGGGUUCUGGCAAACACCAAUGGGAAUGUAUAUGGCAACUGCUUUCCUGAGCAAGUGUGAUUUGUUUUAUGGCUGUUCAAGUUAUAAAAUUGUUCUUACAUUGUAGGUAAACAAAAUCUUGAUGUUUCUAAAGGUCACUGUAACUUAAGGUUCAAAUUUCUGGCACAGUUUUACUAGUAUUCACUUCUGAAGCUAAUAAGAUACCACAGUUUUCUAUGUUACUCUCAUUGUAACAUCAGUAAAGUGACUUUCAAUAAAAGAUUUAUGUUAUUUUGA